GCCCCCCGCGGUCGCUGCCGGCGCCGCUGCUGACAACAAGAUGGCGGCGGCGGGUCCGGCGGGCGCUGAGAGUCGCGUGUUGGGCUAUAGCCUGCACCGCUGGAGCAGCUUCUCCUCCACCUACCUGCCCGAGAAUAUCUUGGUGGAUAGACCAAAUGAUCAGUCCUCAAGAUGGUCUUCAGAAAGCAAUUAUCCUCCCCAGUAUUUGAUUCUGAAGCUUGAAAGACCUGCUAUAGUCCAGAGCAUCACAUUUGGCAAAUAUGAGAAAACACAUGUCUGCAAUUUAAAGAAGUUUAAAGUCUUUGGUGGCAUGAACGAGGAGAAUAUGACAGAUCUCUUAUCCAGUGGCUUAAAGAAUGAUUAUAACAAAGAAACAUUCACCUUGAAGCAUAAAAUUGAUGAACAGAUGUUCCCCUGUCGAUUCAUUAAGAUAGUUCCACUCUUAUCGUGGGGACCUAGCUUCAAUUUUAGUAUCUGGUAUGUUGAACUAAAUGGCAUUGAUGAUCCAGAUGUGGUCCAGCCGUGCCUCAACUGGUACAGCAAGUACCGUGAACAGGAAGCUAUUCGCCUUUGCCUAAAGCAUUUUCGGCAGCACAACUACACCGAGGCUUUCGAGUCGCUGCAGAAGAAAACCAAGAUUGCUCUGGAGCACCCCAUGCUGACAGACCUGCACGACAAACUGGUGUUGAAGGGGGACUUCGAUGCUUGUGAAGAACUGAUAGAAAAAGCUGUGAAUGAUGGCUUGUUCAAUCAGUAUAUCAGUCAGCAAGAGUACAAACCUCGCUGGGGGCAGAUUAUCCCCAAAAGCACCAAAGGUGAUGGAGAAGACAGUCGGCCAGGGAUGAGAGGUGGCCAUCAGAUGGUGAUAGAUGUGCAGACAGAAACUGUUUAUUUGUUUGGUGGCUGGGAUGGAACUCAGGAUCUGGCUGACUUCUGGGCAUACAGUGUGAAGGAAAACCAGUGGACCUGUAUAUCCAGGGAUACUGAGAAAGAGAGUGGUCCCAGUGCCAGGUCCUGUCACAAGAUGUGCAUUGACAUCCAGCGCCGGCAGAUCUACACCCUGGGGCGGUACCUGGAUUCCUCUGUGAGGAACAGCAAGUCCCUGAAAAGCGACUUCUACCGCUACGACAUCGACACCAACACCUGGAUGCUGCUGAGCGAGGACACUGCAGCAGAUGGAGGCCCCAAGCUGGUGUUUGAUCAUCAGAUGUGCAUGGAUUCUGAAAAACACAUGAUCUACACCUUUGGAGGCCGAAUCCUGACCUGCAAUGGCAGUGUGGAUGACAGCAGAGCCAGUGAGCCCCAGUUCAGUGGCUUGUUUGCUUUUGACUGCCAGUGCCAGACGUGGAAACUUCUGAGGGAGGAUUCCUGCAAUGCCGGACCCGAGGAUAUCCAGUCCCGGAUAGGACACUGCAUGUUGUUCCAUUCUAAAAAUCGCUGCUUAUAUGUGUUUGGUGGCCAGAGAUCAAAGACUUACUUGAACGACUUCUUCAGUUAUGAUGUGGACAGUGACCACGUGGACAUUAUCUCAGAUGGCACAAAGAAAGAUUCAGGGAUGGUUCCAAUGACAGGUUUCACUCAAAGGGCCACCAUUGAUCCUGAACUGAAUGAAAUCCACGUCUUGUCAGGGCUCAGUAAAGACAAGGAGAAGCGGGAAGAGAACGUGAGGAAUUCCUUCUGGAUCUAUGACAUUGUGAGGAACAGCUGGUCUUGUGUCUAUAAGAAUGACCAAGCAGCAAAAGAGAAUCCAGGUAAAAGCCUUCAGGAAGAGGAGCCCUGCCCAAGGUUUGCCCAUCAGCUGGUGUACGAUGAGUUGCACAAGGUUCAUUACUUAUUUGGAGGGAAUCCUGGUAAAUCCUGCUCUCCAAAGAUGAGAUUAGAUGAUUUCUGGUCUCUGAAGCUCUGUCGACCUUCAAAGGAAUAUCUGCUAAGACACUGCAAAUACCUCAUCAGAAAGCACAGGUUUGAGGAGAAAGCUCAGACUGACCCUCUUAGUGCACUGAAGUACCUGCAGAAUGAUUUAUAUGUAACUGUGGAUCACUCAGACCCUGAGGAGACAAAGGAGUUUCAGCUUCUUGCCUCAGCAUUAUUUAAGUCUGGCUCGGAUUUCACGACUCUUGGAUUUUCAGACGUUGACCACACGUAUGCCCAGAGAACUCAGCUGUUUGACACGUUAGUCAACUUCUUCCCAGACAACAUGACCCCUCCUAAAGGCAACCUGGUGGACCUCAUCACCCUGUAAUGGAGCAAUCACUGGACACAUGGAAGAGGGGAAAAGCAUCCAUUUUCAGUAUUUUAAUUUUUUUACUGCAUUGAUUGACUGCUGGGAUGAAGUUAAUAUAGUAACCCCUAGGUGUUUGAAAGGGGUUUUAUACUUGUAUGGUGAAUCCCUGGAGCUUUUCCCUUGGAGUAGGUUAAUAAAAUGUAACUGACGUACUUCUGACUAAAUAUAUAUAUUUUUUCUGACUUUGGAUUUUGAGUUAGCAAAUGUAAGAUGAAAAGGUGGGGGAAAAAGAAAAAGAAAUAAAACCCAGUCAUGCAGUGAUCUUUUUGCCUAUGGGGGAAAAUUUGAGAUUUGUGAGUUGUCUGGGAUUAAAAGAUGAUGGGUUUUAUUUUGUGUUUCCUGAGGAAGAGGGGGAAGAGGUUUUUCUUUCCUCAUUUGUAACUAGUCAUGAUGUAUUGCUUUAUCCUACAACUCCAUCCUCAGCAGCUGAAUAACUUGGUGGCAGGACACUGGCAGGUGUUGAGAUGAUGUAAUUGAUGUCCUGAGUCUUGCACUCACGGUGUGUCGCGGGAAGGCGAGCGUGUGUUCCGAACCGUCUGUCUCCUCUUCCCAGAGUUUUGCUGACAGUCAUGUCUAAUUGCUUCUGAGACUCCAUCUAAACUGAUGACCUACAUCCCUAUCUCCUGUUCUCUGGGGCCUUCCACUUAAACCUGGCAGGCAAGAGGGAAGCUGAGAUACAGCUGGAAAACAGGAGUGCGGUCACUGCCCACACGGGCCCCUUUUCAGGGAUUGAUCUCUUUGCUGCUGUGCUCAUCCACUGAGAAACCCUUUGGGUCCCCAGUGAGCCUGGCAGAACUGGGUCUUCCACCACACAUAUCCCCAACCUCUGCAAACCUGACCCCAGGUUGGGUGUAGGAUUUCUGAAGCAGAUUGUCUUCAUUUCCAUGUGAAGCGUUUCUGUGUGCGUUUGUCCAUGUGUACGUGUACAGGGCAUUGCUCCCAACAGCUUGUCUCCUUCCCAUGUAAGUGCAGCUCCCUUGUCAAAGCAUUUUAGACCUAGAUCUGAAUGUGAGGGAGGCCUUCUUAGCAUAAAUCUAUGAAAAUGAGCUGAUGCAUAUGUAUAGAAAAUGUAUUCUUCCUUUUGCUGAAAGCCUUCUUUAUAAACACUGUAAGGGCUUGGUGCUGCACUGUGAGGUUGAAUGAAGGACAUGCAUACCCAGCAUUAGAAACUCUGUAUUCAGUGUCCGUGAGCAUUCAGUACACACUGGCAGAUGUAAAUAUUUAUAUGAAACUGCAAAACUUUCUGUCCAGCAGUGUUCAUGCCAGUCAGGUAUCGUUGCUGCACCCGCUGUGGCUCCUGUUGAACUUGGUGGAAGUCCUGUGUGUGCAAAGAUGAUUUGGACUCUUGAAAUAAAGAGUUAGUCAAGUGUCUUUUUCAGA